AUGAUGCUGAGUCAAUCAACAUCAUCCAUAGCAUCUUUCCGAUCAUGGGAAGAUGAGGUUACUGAAGUUAUACACGUAUUUGACAUGGCUGACGCUGCAGCUGACUCUGCUCCUGCCCCGGUGAUCGCGACUAUCGUCAUUGCUCCUCCUGCCGCUACCACUGCCGCUCCGGCUGCUCCUGCUCCAACUCCGGCACCAGCAGCACCCACUCAGCCGCGAUCCGCUCCUGCUAUUCCUACUCGACAAUACCUCGAUCAAACUGUUGUGCCAAUUCUUUUACAGGCUCUAGGCGCCCUCGCCAAAGAGCGACCAGAAAACCCAAUCGAUUUCUUGAUUAACUUCUUAAUCAAAGAGAAGGAACGCUAUCAGCCAUCGACUGAGAAUGUGUCUUCAUGAAUCCAUAUUGCUCCAAGAACACUUCCAGUUUUGUCACGGAACAUCAUCUAAUACGUGGCUUUUGUUAAUUCUUUCUUUUGUGUUGAUUUACAUCUUUGAACCGAAUGGAGGUUGGCUUUGUUUGGGCAAAAUGUUUAUUUUCUCCACACUUGUUCACUAAUGAAGUUCUCUCAAUUGAAUGUUGCGGGCGAAUUUUUGUUACGGAAAUAUGGAAUUGUCAAACAAGCCGAGCGCUUCAUUAUCCUGUGUCGUUUGCCAGUGUUUACGUUGAAUAAAGCU